GUGGGAACCCUGUCCAGCAGCACCAGCGGCGGCAGAGUGCUCCUGUGCACUGUGUCGCUCCGCAUGGAUCGGGGUGCCGGGCUGCCGCCGCGCUGAGCCCCGGGCGGAGCUGCUGCGGGCUCCCGGGGUUCCUCCUUCCUCCCCGGCACCCCCGAUCUUCCUUCUCCUCCUCCUCCUCUCUCCUCCGCCCCCCGCCGCCUGCAACCCGACUGCCGCUCCGCGGCUCCCCUAGCCGCGGGCACCCGGCGGCGCUUCCCGGCGGCCGGGGCCGCUCGGUGCUCCCGCUGCAGCUGGGCAAGGGCUGGCGUGGAGCAGAGGGAGGGAAGAACAGAAGAGGGGGAAGAGGCAGCAGCCGCCCAGCGCUCCUUGCUCCAGCUAAAUCUGUGCUGCCGUGUCCAGGUGCUGGUGUCGCGGACGGACACGGAGCCCCCCGCCCGGCUCGCAGCCGCCUUGUCAUGCUACCCAAAGUGGAAACGGAGGCCCUGGGACUCGCCCGGUCGAAUGGGGAACAGGGGCAGAUGCCGGAAAACAUGCAAGUGUCUCAGUUUAAAAUGGUGAAUUACUCUUAUGAUGAAGACCUAGAAGAGCUGUGUCCAGUCUGUGGAGACAAAGUGUCUGGGUACCAUUAUGGACUUCUCACCUGUGAAAGCUGCAAGGGGUUCUUUAAGCGAACAGUCCAGAAUAACAAAAGGUACACAUGUAUAGAAAAUCAGAAUUGCCAGAUUGACAAAACGCAGCGAAAACGAUGUCCUUACUGUCGAUUUCAAAAAUGUCUAAGUGUUGGAAUGAAAUUGGAAGCUGUGCGAGCUGACCGAAUGCGUGGCGGUCGAAACAAGUUUGGACCAAUGUACAAGAGAGACAGGGCAUUGAAGCAGCAGAAGAAAGCUCUUAUCCGAGCAAAUGGACUUAAACUGGAAGCCAUGACUCAGGUGAUCCAAGCAAUGCCAACUGACCUGACAAUAUCCUCCGCAAUCCAGAACAUCCAUUCAGCUUCUAAAGGCCUACCUCUGAACCAUACUGCCUUGCCUCCUACAGACUAUGACAGGAGUCCCUUUGUGACCUCUCCGAUCAGCAUGACAAUGCCGCCCCACGGCAGUUUGCAAGGCUACCAAACCUAUGGCCACUUUCCAAGCCGUGCUAUCAAGUCCGAGUACCCUGACCCUUACACUAGCUCACCGGAGUCAAUAAUGGGCUACUCAUACAUGGAUAGCUACCAAACAAGCUCACCAGCAAGUAUCCCACAUCUGAUAUUGGAACUCCUGAAAUGUGAGCCAGAUGAGCCGCAAGUCCAAGCUAAAAUCAUGGCAUAUCUGCAGCAAGAGCAAGCCAACAGAAGCAAACAUGAGAAGCUCAACACAUUCGGGCUUAUGUGUAAAAUGGCUGACCAAACCCUCUUCUCCAUUGUUGAGUGGGCUAGGAGUAGCAUCUUCUUCAGAGAACUUAAGGUUGAUGACCAAAUGAAGUUGCUUCAGAACUGCUGGAGCGAACUCUUAAUUYUAGAUCACAUUUACCGGCAAGUGGUACAUGGGAAAGAGGGCUCCAUCCUUCUGGUUACUGGGCAACAAGUGGAUUAUUCCGUAAUAGCAUCCCAAGCUGGAGCCACCCUCAACAAUCUUAUGAGCCAUGCACAAGAACUGGUAGCAAAGCUUCGUUCUCUACAGUUUGAUCUACGAGAAUUUGUCUGUCUCAAAUUCCUGGUGCUGUUUAGUUUAGAUGUCAAAAAUCUCGAGAACUUCCAGCUUGUGGAAGGGGUUCAGGAACAAGUGAAUGCUGCUCUGCUGGACUACACAAUGUGUAAUUACCCACAGCAAACAGACAAAUUUGGGCAGCUUCUCCUGCGACUACCAGAAAUCCGGGCCAUCAGUAUGCAGGCCGAAGAAUACCUCUAUUACAAACACCUGAAUGGGGAUGUGCCGUGUAAUAACCUUCUCAUUGAGAUGCUGCAUGCAAAGAGAGCAUAAAUUAUACCCAUUACAGCUUCUGCUUUCAAGGAAAAAAAACAUAUUCUGAACUGCUCCAAGCAACACUAAUUAAAAUGUGGUUUUAAGACUUUGCAAAAUGGUAUAAUAAUCAAAUACUAAUAGUAAAUAAGUGAUGUAUCAGGGUAUUUGUAUUGCAAACUGUGAAUCAUAUGCUACACAUCCCCAAAGGAAUCUAUAUAGGACUUUAUCCUGGAGUUGAGGUGAACUUACCAAGUGGAUUCUACYAACAAUGUCAACAUGAAAAAGGACAAAAUGAUCCUUGUAUAUUUAACUCUGCUGAUUGCCAAUAUGAAGAAACCAAGGUGAAAAAAAACUGAUCCGUAUUAUUGAGCUAAGAUAGUGGGGAAUUUGAGUGCACUAAAUUCCUUCACUGCAUGGAAGGACUUGUAAAACAGUUACAACAGAUGCAAAACUGCACCUAUAGCAUCUUCUGUCAUCCUUACAAGGACCCAACAUUUACUUCUUCUGUGAUAAAUGAUGUGGCAUCCACUCAACAAGCUGUAAGAGAGAGCUGGCCUAGGCCACGUGCUAUGUGGUGUGGCCACCAAACCCUCAGAGGCUGGCUCUGCCUGUCGGCCUCUGGGGCCUGCAAACCGCUACUAGGAAGAGUCUGUUAUCCAGUUAGCUUGGCAUUCUUAACCGUGUUCUGAAGUUUGUUUUGUCACGUGUUCAUGUUGUUCUACCAGGCAGUAUCCCUCUUCUACUGCUCUUAUCAGACAGCUGUUAAGUAGCAAAGGAAAUAUUCCAAAGUAAAUUAGCCAAAUCAGCUACACACUUAAGYAAUAUGGCUCCACUAUAUGAUUUUUUUUCCAAGUARAGGAAAUGGAGAUAUUUUAGCCAUCCCAACAUAUCUUUGAAAAGAAAGUGGAAAAUUAGGACACCAAAUAUGGAUGUUAAAAGACUAAAUUU